UGGGACUGCCACCUGGUGGACACUGUCUGACUUCACAUAGCUUCUCAGCUGGUUAGGGUAGGUGAGGCUUGCGCUCCGGGGAUGAAUGAGAAUUUGCUCUGGAUAGGCUGCUCAGGCAGGGCCUUGCUCCUUACUCAAUAAGGCAGCCAGCCUUGCAGAGGCUCACCAAGCUAGGCCUCAGUGUCACACAGCAAGGUUGUCACUGUCCAGGGACAGGACUCAAGCUUGCUCUGUCAACCUGGCCCUACAGAUUCCAUACUUGCUGGUCUCUUCCAAGCUCAGGGUCACUGAAGUUGGCUCCCUCUUGCUAAUGGUUGUCUGAGGUCUGGGCACUGGGCCACUUCUCACCCUCCAGCCAGGGUUAAACAUUAGUGGGAGGUUAUCGGGUUCGGAAAGGGGGUGGGGAUUCCACUUGCAACAGUCUUCUCUGCUUCUCUGCGGCCCGGCCCGGAGCAGCAGUUCCCACCCGAGCCUACACAAUGCCUGUGGAGGAGUUUGUGGCUGGCUGGAUCUCUGGAGCCGUGGGGCUGGUCCUGGGGCACCCAUUUGACACUAUAAAGGUGCGCUUACAGACCCAGAACACAUACCGGGGCAUCGUGGACUGCAUACUCAAGACUUACCGCCAUGAGUCGGUCCUGGGCUUCUUCAAAGGAAUGAGCUUCCCCAUUGCCAGUGUAGCCCUGGUCAACUCCGUCCUGUUUGGCGUGUACAGCAACACCCUGCUGGCCCUCACAGCCACCUCCCACCAGGAGCGGCGGGCCCAGCCACCCAGCUACACAAACAUCUUCAUAGCAGGUUGUACUGGGGGUGUCCUGCAGGCCUACUGCCUGGCUCCUUUUGACCUCAUCAAAGUCCGUCUACAAAACCAGACAGAGCCGAGGAUGAAGAUAGGGAGCUCUGAACCCCGAUACCGGGGGCCUGUGCACUGUGCAGCCUCCAUCUUGAGAGAAGAGGGACCCCAGGGACUGUUCAGAGGAUCCUGGGCCCUAGUGCUGAGGGACACCCCUACGUUGGGAAUGUACUUUGUCACCUAUGAAGGGCUAUGUCGCCAGUACACACCAGAAGGCCAGAAUCCCAGCUCAACCACAGUACUGGUGGCUGGCGGCUUUGCUGGCAUAGCCUCCUGGAUCACAGCCACGCCUUUUGAUGUGAUCAAGUCCCGGAUGCAGAUGGACGGGCUGAAGGGGAGAAAAUACCGGGGGAUGCUGCACUGUAUGGCAAGCAGCUUCCGGCAGGAAGGAAUACGGGUCUUUUUCAAAGGCAUGACCCUCAAUAGUGCCCGUGCCUUUCCUGUCAACGCCGUUACCUUCCUUAGCUAUGAAUAUCUGCUGAGCUUGUGGAGAUGAGCCUGGCCAGGCCGUGCCAGCAAGUCUACAACAGGAGCACGGCAGAUAGAUAGCAACUUGGAAAAUCAAGCUAAAGAACCCAGCUAGCAGGUUCAAAAGCAAGAGGUGACAUGCAUCACCCAGAGUUAAGGAGUCAACUGGCAAGAAACCAAUGAAGCUGGCCGUGUAAGGACUCCAAGACACACCCAUCUCCAGCCCACCUCUUUCCAGAAAGCAGGGGCACAAGACACAUACAAGUCAGCCAGGCCACCAUGUCACAACUGCCCCUCUGAAGAGAGCUCUCAGGGAUCAGUCACUGUCUUGGUGCCACCCAGUCAGGGGUUCAAACCAUUCCCCUGGACAGGAGAAUGACCUUUGCCUCCUCGUGUCCAGAAGCCUUCAGGGUUUCCAUCAUCUUCAGGGAAACCCAGGUCUCUAGCUCCUGGCUCUCCUGGCCCACUAGGUGGUCCUCUCUCUUGGUCACUUCCUGCUGUGGUCCCUCAUGUCCCAGGAGUGCUCAGUGGGGUGUAGUUAUUGUCCCUCCAGUGGCCUACUCUCCUCUGAGACCCAGGCAGAGCUGUCUCUAGGGUCCUUCCAGCCCUGUGGGGUACCCAAGAACCUCAGGCCUCCUCCUACCUCAACCACAGCUCUUGUGUGCAGGGCUUCAUGGUUAGUUGUCUCGCUCCUGAGUCAUUGUCUCUGAGAGUCUUGUGGUAAGGUUGUAUUCCUGUCUCUUGAACAGAUACAUGC